AUGACUUCCUACAUCAAAAUUCCAUCGCAUUUAACUCCUUCAGACCCUCAAGGAUCAGAGUUAUUAGCGAUAGAAAGAUCUAAAGCAACAUUUGAUGUUAAAGACUUAACAUUGGCAUUGUAUGGAACCGAUGGGUUAUCUAGAGGGACCGAAGAACAAAAAAAGAAAUUUCUCAUCCUGGCAAUAAAACAUGAAAUAAUUGGAUGUUAUGCGCAAACUGAGUUAGGUCAUGGAUCAAAUGUUCAAGGGUUAGAAACUACAGCCACUUAUAUUCCUGAAACGGAUGA